GACACUGAGGGACAAUAAAGUAAAUUUGUGAAGUCACGUUGGUACUAAAAACCUAGCUCGCCUUCAUUCACUCGUCUCAAACCCUAGCCGCGUUGCCGCAGACUCUCCAGGAGCAGCAGAGCCCUAGAACGCCAAAAUGGGUAUUUCUCGUGAUUCCAUGCACAAGAGACGUGCCACUGGAGGCAAGAAGAAGGCUUGGAGGAAGAAGCGAAAGUACGAGCUUGGAAGGCAACCUGCUAACACCAAGUUGUCAAGCAACAAGACAGUGAGGAGGAUCAGGGUUCGAGGUGGGAAUGUCAAGUGGCGUGCUCUGAGGCUUGAUACUGGAAACUUCUCCUGGGGUAGUGAGGCCGUGACCCGCAAAACCCGUCUUCUUGAUGUUGUGUACAAUGCAUCCAACAAUGAGUUGGUCCGUACUCAAACUUUGGUGAAAAGUGCCAUUGUUCAGGUUGAUGCUGCACCAUUCAAGCAGUGGUAUCUCCAGCACUAUGGAGUUGAAAUUGGCCGCAAGAAGAAAACUGCGGCAGCUGCCAAGAAAGAAGCAGAGGAUGGUGAAGCACCUGCUGCUGCUCCUGAGGAGGCAAAGAAGAGCAACCAUGUAGCCAGAAAGCUGGAGAAGCGUCAACAGACUCGCACCUUGGACCAGCAUAUUGAGGAACAAUUUGGUGGUGGUCGUCUGUUGGCUUGUAUUUCAUCACGACCCGGUCAGUGUGGCCGUUGUGAUGGAUAUAUCUUGGAGGGCAGGGAGCUGGAGUUUUACAUGAAGAAGCUCCAGAGGAAGAAGGGGAAGGGAGCUGCGGCUUAAAUUUUUGUUACUGGUACUUAGUCUUUGUAGACUCAGAAUAUGUCAUCACUAUUCUCCUUUCCUACUUUCUAAAGCAUUUCACUUUAUUUGAGUUUGAAGUUGGAACUUGCUUUACUCCAAACAAUGUUUUUAUGGUUGAUUUAAUCAGUAAUCCUAUUUUGGCAA